GUGUAAAUGAGAUCAAAUUAAAACAUUUACUUUAGCAGCAUUUUUAACUGACAUCAAUAUAAUAUGUUCAUACAGACUAGGGCCAUAGCUGAAAUAAAGACUAUGUUUAGCGAUGUUUGGUUUUUAAUCGUGAUUUGAGCGGUCAAAGUGCAGGACUCACCAUCGUCAGACUACGGAAGUGAUAAUUCUGUUCGAACAAAAACACGUUCCUCGCAUCCCUCAUCCCACAACGAUUUCAACACCCUCUUAUCGACACUGCCUGUGUCUCUGAACAGUUGUAACUAUGGCGAAGGUGCAAACCUCUUCUAGCAGACCCUACCACAUUAUAAUUUUUGGUGCUUCGGGUUUUACUGGGCAAUUCGUGGUUGAAGAGUUGGCCAGGACCAUGUCAGAGGGGCCAAAUGGGACGCUGAAAUGGGCUGUGGCCGGGAGAAGCAGACCAAAAUUGGAAAAAGUUCUAGAGCAAGCUGCUGGAGUCCUUGGCAAGCCGGAGCUGAGGGCAGCGGUGGAGGUCCUCGUGGCUGACGUGGGUGAGCCUGACUCCCUGGCAGCCAUGUGCAAACAGGCUGUGAUUGUUCUCAACUGUGUGGGGCCAUACAGGUUCUGGGGUGAGCCAGUGGUGAAGGCAUGUGUAGAGAACGGUGCCCACUGCAUUGACAUCUGUGGAGAACCCCAGUUCCUGGAGAGCAUGCAGUUGAACUACGACAGCCAGGCAGCUGAUAAAGGAUUGUACAUUGUGGGGUCUUGUGGCUUUGACUCCAUUCCGGCAGACCUCGGCGUCAUCUACACCAGGGACCAGUUCAAAGGGACUCUCACUGCUGUAGAGAGCUUCCUGACAGCCAGCGCAGGACCUGAGGGUGCUUCUAUCCAUGAUGGUACGUGGCAGUCGGCCAUCUAUGGUUUUGCCGACAGCGAGAAGCUAAGAAACCUCAGGAAGAAGUUUGGACACAACCCUCUCCCUGUGGUCGGUUCAAAGAUCAAACGCAGGAGUGCCCUGUUCUACAGUAGCGAGGUUCAGCAGUAUGCAGUCCCUUUCAUGGGAGCCGACCCCUCGGUGGUGAAGAGAACUCAGCGCUUCCUUCAUGAGGAUUACCAGGAAACGCCUGUCCAGUAUGGUGCGUAUGCAGGAGUGGGUGGGGCGGCCAACGUUGCCAAGAUGCUCAUUGUCGGGGUGAUGUUCUGGCUCCUGGUCAAAUUUAGCUUUGGACGUAACCUGCUGAUCAAGUAUCCAGAGUUUUUCUCCUUUGGUUAUUUCUCCAAGGAUGGACCCAGCAGAAAGCAGAUGGAGGGUUCAUCCUUCCAGUUUGCGUUCCAUGGGGAGGGCUACACUGAGGGACAGGACCCCAGCCAGGGGCCGCCCAACUCUAAGAUCCGCACGCUAGUCCAAGGACCAGAGGCCGGCUAUGUGGCCACGCCCAUCACCAUGGUACAGGCUGCCAUCACCAUCCUGAAUGAACCCACCGCCCUCCCAAAAAAGGGUGGUGUGUACACUCCAGGGGCAACGUUUGCCAGAACCACGCUGGUCGAGCGCCUCAACAAGCAUGGCGUCCAGUUCUCUGUCAUCUAGUGCUUGACCUCAUGUGGCCCCUGACCCUUACUAAAGGUCAUCAGUACUCCAUUGCUGGUUCCGCUAGAUGGUCAUUCUGCAAAGUGUAAAUAUGCUAUAUCAGCAACGAGCAAAUUAGCUCAAUUGUGAUUAGGUCUAAGGUUAGUGUUUAAAAUCAGUAUUCUUAUAGAAAAAUUGUCUUCCUGCCACCUUUGCAGCAUUUCCUGAUACUGACCUGCUUUUCCCGACUGAGACCAUAAAGCACUUGAGGGGGCUGUUAACUUAUUGUCAGAUAAUGGCACCUUGGCUUUGACUAACUCCGCAAGGCUUGCAGAGUAGAAAUGCCUCUUCUCUACUGUGUGUUUGUUUCAUGCAUGCACAUAUAUAUGCGUGUGUGUGUGUGUGUGUGUGUGUGUCUUUCUCAGUGGAAAGCCUGACUGGAUUUUUAUGGUACGUCAUUGAUGCUCCUGUUAGUUAUGUCCUUAUUCUCAUCGAUUCCGGUUUUAUUUCCAAGCACAAUCUGAAACCUAUUCUGUUUCAAGAGAAUCUAUAGUUUAUCAACUGUUUUAGAAAUUCCUUUAUUUACCAUUUUGUGCUGUAUUCCAGUAAACAAAUAUAUUUUUUUUAGCAUCUGCUUUGAAUGUGCUGAGAAAUGGCAUUGUUGAGAUUGACAAAGUAGAGUUUGCUGCUUGUAUGAAAUGCAUCACACUCACAGAAAGGUGCAGUGAACCCUCAUGAUUUUUUGGUGUCUUGAUUUCACUGAUCUUUUGUGUUCUGGUACUGUUUGCCUCUGAGGGUUUCUUCUGGACAUAAUAAAACCAACACUACUGGAAA